AUGGGCCCAGUUGUGGAGGAAACAUACAAUCAAGAGAUCGAACCAGCCGAGGUGCAGGAAGAGUACACUCCGUAUCAGCCCACGAAGGGCUAUGGAUGGGGUGAGGCCUUACCCGUGAAGCAGGGAUUGUACGACCCUGGCUUGGAGAAAGAUGCGUGCGGUGUAGGCUUUGCUGCCCAUAUUAAGGGCAAGGCGAGCCACAAGAUCAUUAGCGAUGCACGAAACCUCCUUUGUAACAUGACCCAUCGUGGUGCAGUCGGCUCAGAUGCACGAGAUGGCGAUGGCGCUGGUGUCAUGACAUCCAUCCCACACAAAUUCUUCGUCAAGAACUUUGCUCGUGAGGUUGGUGUGGAGUUGCCACCACUGGGUCAAUAUGCUGCCGGUAAUCUCUUCUUCAAGCCAGACACGGAAAUGCUGAAACACGCCACCCUGAGCUUUGAAGAGACCGCCCAGUCUUUGGGACUGCGCACCCUUGGUUGGAGAGAGGUUCCCAGAGAUUCCACCCUCCUUGGUCCCGCGGCACUUUCACGCGAGCCGAUCAUUCUGCAGCCCUUUGUCGUGCUUGCUUCCGCGUAUGGUACCGGCAACAAACCUGAAACCACUGACCCUGAACAAUUCGAUUCCAUCGACUUUGAACGGAAGCUGUACGUCCUCAGAAAGACAGUCUCGCAUGACCCUCGAUGGAAACCGUGGUUCUACGUGUGCUCGUUGAGCAACAGAAACAUUGUUUACAAGGGACAACUUGCGCCAGUCCAAGUUUAUCAGUACUACCAUGAUCUCGUUUCCGUGGACUACGAAGGUCAUUUCGCUCUCGUCCACUCUCGGUUCUCCACAAAUACGUUCCCUUCAUGGGACCGGUCACAACCUCUGCGGUGGCUUGCUCAUAACGGUGAAAUCAAUACUCUUCGAGGCAACAAAAAUUGGAUGAGAGCCCGAGAGGGAGUGUUGAAAUCCGACCUUUUCGGAGAUGACCUCGAGAAGCUCUUCCCCAUCGUCGAAGAUGGAGGUUCUGAUUCCGCCGCUUUUGAUAACGUCCUAGAGCUUCUGGUGAUGAAUCGUGUACUGUCUCUUCCGGAGGCCGUUAUGAUGAUGGUUCCUGAGGCGUGGCAAGGCAAUACCGCCAUGGAUCCAGCGAAGGCGGCUUUCUACGAGUACACGGCCUGUUUAAUGGAGCCUUGGGACGGCCCAGCUCUGUUCACCUUCUCUGACGGUCGUUACUGCGGAGCGAACUUGGAUCGAAACGGUCUCAGACCUUGCAGAUACUACGUGACCGAUGAUGACAGAAUUGUCUGCGCAUCCGAGGUGGGCACCAUUGCCAUUGAACCGGAACGGGUAGUCAUCAAAGGCCGCCUGCAACCCGGUAAGAUGCUACUGGUAGAUACCCAAGCUGGACGCAUCAUUGAUGAUGCCGAGCUGAAGGCCACUGUGGCAAACCGACAGCCUUUCCAACAGUGGCUCGACAAGAAUCUGAUGAAGAUGCCAUUGAUAUACGAGUCGCUGGCUAAAGAACUUGAUUUGGGUUUCAAACUCACAGAGGAGACCGUUCAGGAGGAUACCAAACUCCGCGCGUUCGGCUAUUCGUACGAACAAGUCAGUCUGCUGCUUGGACCUAUGGCGGCCGACUCAAAGGAGGCACUUGGGUCCAUGGGCAACGAUGCUCCUUUGGCCGCUCUUGCUCAACAACCGCGUCUGCUCUAUGAAUACUUCAGACAGUUGUUCGCCCAGGUCACCAACCCACCUAUCGAUCCCAUCCGGGAAGCCAUUGUGAUGUCUCUGGAAUGUUAUGUCGGGCCCCAAGGCAAUCUGCUAGAGAUGGACGAAUCCCAAUGUGGUCGACUCCUGCUCCCCUCUCCGAUCCUUGAAAUUGAAACCUUCAACGCAAUCAAGAAUCUGAGCCAGUACAACAAGGACUGGACUGUCCGCGUCAUCGACAUCACUUUCGAGAAGUCCGCUGGCACAGAUGGCUACAUGAAAGCUCUUGACGACAUCUGCGAUGCGGCGACCGCUGCCAUCGAGGAGGGUGAUAAGAUCAUCAUUCUGUCCGAUCGAGCCACAUCCGAAGAUAGAGUUCCGGUGUCCGCACUUCUGGCUACUGGCCUUGUGCAUCACCAUCUGGUUCGAAACAAGUGGAGAUCUCGAGCUGCAAUCAUCGUGGAAACAGCUGAGGCUAGAGAAGUGCAUCACAUGUGUGUUCUGGUUGGAUAUGGUGCAGAUGGCAUCAACCCUUACUUGGCCAUGGAAUGCAUUCUGAAGAUGAACCGACAAGGGCUCAUCAGGAAGAAGCUUAGCGACAAAGAGGUCAUUGCCAACUACAAGGCUUCGUGCGACGGAGGUAUCCUCAAGGUCAUGAGCAAGAUGGGAAUCUCCACUCUUCAGUCUUACAAGGGCGCCCAGAUCUUCGAAGCCCUCGGUAUCGAUGACUCGGUUGUUGACCGUUGUUUCUCUGGAACAGCCACCCGUGUUCGUGGCAUGACUUUCGAAACCAUUGCCGAGGAUGCUUUUGCUUUCCACGAGAGAGGAUAUCCCACUCGACACAUCCGCGAUAUUCCCGGUUUACCUGAGACCGGCGAAUAUCACUGGCGCGAUGGUGGCGAGCCUCACAUCAACGACCCUGUGAGCAUUGCCAACAUCCAAGACGCCGUUCGAACAAAGAACGACAAAUCUUAUGAAGCUUACUCCAUCUCCGAGUACGAGCAAAUCAAGAACUGUACACUGAGAGGCCUGCUUGAUUUCGACUUUGAGCAACGUCAGCCCGUGCCAAUUGAUCAGGUUGAGCCAUGGACAGAAAUUGUCCGACGAUUCGUCACUGGUGCUAUGUCCUACGGUUCUAUCUCCAUGGAAUCGCACUCCACUCUCGCUGUCGCCAUGAAUCGCUUGGGUGGUAAGUCGAACACCGGCGAAGGCGGUGAAGAUCCCGAACGAAGCCUAAAGAUGGAGAACGGAGACUCGAUGCGAUCUGCCAUCAAGCAAAUUGCCUCAGGACGUUUUGGUGUCACCUCCAACUACCUAGCGGAUGCUGACGAGCUUCAAAUCAAGAUGGCCCAGGGUGCGAAGCCUGGUGAAGGUGGUGAGCUUCCAGGUCACAAAGUCUCUGAGUCAAUUGCCCGCACUAGACACUCCACUCCUGGUGUUGGUUUGAUUUCGCCUCCACCUCAUCACGACAUUUACUCUAUUGAAGAUCUGAAACAGCUCAUCUAUGAUUUGAAGUGCUCCAACCCUAGGGCCAGAGUCUCUGUCAAAUUGGUGUCUGAAGUAGGAGUAGGUAUCGUGGCGGCCGGUGUUGCGAAAGCAAAGGCCGAUCACAUUCUGAUCUCCGGCCACGAUGGUGGUACAGGUGCUUCAAGAUGGACCGGUAUCAAAUAUGCUGGCCUGCCCUGGGAACUUGGCCUGGCUGAGACCCAUCAGACCCUUGUUCUCAACGACCUCCGCGGUCGUGUUAUAGUGCAGACCGAUGGCCAACUCCGAACUGGUCGUGAUGUGGCCAUUGCCUGUUUGCUCGGUGCUGAAGAAUGGGGCUUUGCCACGACCCCGCUCAUUGCUAUGGGCUGUAUCAUGAUGCGAAAGUGUCAUCUGAAUACCUGCCCGGUCGGCAUUGCCACGCAAGACCCCGUUCUCCGGAAGAAAUUCCAAGGCACUCCCGAGCAUGUGAUCAAUUUCUUCUACUACAUUGCCAAUGAAUUGCGCGCCAUCAUGGCCCGACUUGGGAUACGGACCGUGAACGAAAUGGUUGGACGUGCGGAGCUCCUGAAAGUGCGCGACGACCUUCGCAGCCCCAAGACUCAGAAUCUCGAUUUGUCCCUCAUCUUGACCCCAGCCCACUCCAUUCGUCCUGGCGUUGCAACGUACAAUGUCCGCAAACAGGACCACAAGCUGCACACCCGGCUGGACAACAAGCUUAUCUCAGAGUCUGAAUUGGCCCUGGAGAAAGGUCUCCCGUGCCGUAUUGAGACCGACAUUGUCAACACGGACAGAACCUUGGGCGCAACUCUGUCAUACCAUAUUAGCAAGCGGUAUGGCGAAACUGGCCUGCCUCAAGAUACGAUUCAUGUCAACGUCAGAGGCUCCGCUGGUCAGUCAUUUGGUGCUUACCUCGCUCCCGGCGUCACGCUGGAACUGGAGGGCGACUCCAAUGAUUAUGUUGGCAAGGGUCUUUCUGGUGGCCGUUUGAUCAUUUACCCUCCACGCAGCGCAGUAUUCAAGGCGGAGGAGAACAUCUUGAUCGGCAACACUUGUCUGUACGGUGCAACGAGCGGCACCUGCUACUUCCGGGGUGUGGCUGCCGAGCGAUUCGCUGUUCGAAACUCUGGCGCCAAUGCUGUCGUUGAAGGUGUUGGCGACCAUGGUUGUGAGUACAUGACCGGCGGGCGUGUUGUUGUGCUCGGUAGUACUGGCCGGAACUUUGCGGCGGGUAUGUCGGGUGGUAUCGCCUACGUGCUUGACAUGAAUCAAGACUUCCACUCCAAGAUCAACAUGGAGAUGGUGGAAGUAUCUGGUGUCGAGGAGCCUUCCGAGAUUGCAUUCCUACGCGGAAUGAUCGAAGACCAUCACCACUAUACUGGUUCUGAACUCGCCGCGCGCAUUCUACUGGAGUUCAACCGUGCGCUUCCUCGAUUUGUCAAGGUCUUGCCUACCGACUACAAGAGAGUACUGGCUGAACAAAUGAAGAAGGCUGAAGAGGCAAAGAAGGCUGAGUACCCCUUGCCGAUACUUCCCGGCAAUCCUGUUCGCAAUCUUCACCAGGGACAACGCGAUGCUGCCAUUGAAAAAGAGGCCAAGCAGAAGAAGGUCGACAUGCUUGAUAUUGAGGAAGGCAUCAAUGGUGAUGCUGACAAGGCCAAGCAAAAGAGUGCACUUGUCCUCGACAAGACUCGCGGCUUCAUGAAGUACACCCGUCGGAGCGAGAAGUAUCGCAGCGCUAAGACCCGAACCAAGGACUGGGCGGAGCUCUCGUCACGUUUGAGUGAGGACGAACUGAAGUAUCAAUCAGCGCGAUGCAUGGAUUGUGGCGUGCCAUUCUGCCAAUCUGACACCGGCUGUCCAAUCUCCAACAUUAUCCCCAAAUGGAAUGAACUCGUGUUCCAGGACCAAUGGAAGGAUGCACUCAACCGCCUGUUGAUGACGAACAACUUCCCGGAGUUCACCGGUCGUGUGUGCCCUGCCCCCUGCGAAGGGGCCUGUGUUCUGGGAAUCAAUGAAGAUCCUGUGGGUAUCAAGAGCAUCGAAUGCGCCAUCAUCGACAAAGGCUUUGAGAUGGGCUGGAUGGUUCCAACUCCACCCCCGGAGCGAACUGGCAAGACGGUCGCCAUCAUCGGAUCCGGCCCAGCCGGCCUUGCUGCGGCCGAUCAGCUCAAUCGCGCGGGACAUACGGUGACCGUGUACGAAAAGUCCGACCGUGCUGGCGGCUUGCUCAUGUAUGGUAUCCCCAACAUGAAGCUUGAUAAACGCAUUGUCCAACGACGUGUGGAUCUCAUGGCUGCCGAAGGCGUCAAGUUCGAGACCGGUGUCAUGGUUGGCCCCGGCGAGAAAGUCAGUUUGGAGUCACUCCGUAACAGCUACGACGCAGUUGUCAUCUCUACCGGUGCUCAAGUCCCCCGUGAUUUGAAGAUCAAGAACAGAGAGGCCGAGGGCAUCCACUUCGCCAUGGAGUUCUUGCAUGCCAACACGAAAUCGCUCCUUGACUCCGAGCUGGGCGAUGGCCACUACAUCUCCGCCAAAGACAAGCACGUCAUCGUCAUUGGAGGCGGUGAUACCGGUAAUGACUGCAUUGGCACCUCUCUGCGCCACGGCGCCAAGUCCAUCACCAACUUUGAGCUUCUGCCACAGCCUCCCCCGGAACGGGCUCGCGACAACCCAUGGCCUCAGUGGCCCAGAAUCUACCGUGUUGACUAUGGCCACACCGAAGUCAAACAACACUAUGGCAAGGAUCCUCGUGAAUACUGUGUCAUGACCAAAGACUUUGUGAUGGAGGAUGGCAAGGUGGUCGGCAUCAAUACCAACCGGGUGGAAUGGACCAAAGGAUCAACUGGUGCCUGGGAGAUGAAGCCCAAGGAAGGCAGCGACGAGUACUUCCCAGCGGACCUCGUACUGCUCUCCAUGGGUUUCCUCGGCCCAGACGACCGUCUCUUCGACUCGGAAGUCGAGCUUGACCCACGCAAGAACAUCAAGACACCCAAGAACAUGUACAACACCAACCUCCCGGGAGUCUUCGCGGCCGGUGAUUGCCGUCGCGGCCAGUCUCUUAUCGUAUGGGGCAUCAACGAAGGCCGAAUGUGCGCUAGACAAGUGGACUCUUACCUUAUGGGCGAGAGCUCUGUUCUUCCCGUGACAGGUGGCAUUGUCCGCCGCGUGCAGCACGAUGCUGUUCCAAAGCCGAAACCGUCCAAGGCUGACCAGCAAGGCGAUAUGGCACACGCUGCGGAGGACUUCAAGCGCAACACGGACAUCAAAACCGCUGCCUGA